UUGCCGAGUAAGGGGUCAAGACCUAUGCGCAGACGUUGCUGCUAAACGAAUUUUUGGCAAGACUAGAUAGUGGAAAAGAGCAAAAUAAGCAUCAACAUAUUUACUACAAAAAAAAAACGGCAUUAUUAUUAUUGGAACUACACAUAUGAAGACGUUGGUAAUGACAAUAUUUCAAUAACAUCAUAGGUAUGCUAGUUUUGUUUUUGUUCACGAUAAAUAACAGGAACAAGGAAGUACAUGUAGAUUAAAUGAAAAUUAUUUUAAGAUCAAGAUGGCGUGGUUUUUAUUUUUAUUUACAAUCGAUAUACAUAAUUUUUUUUUAGCUCUGCUGCAUCUGAGUCAAAGGCCCAAGUGACCUUUUCUGAUUGGAAUUGUCUGUUGUCGUCGCUGUUGUUUUCACAAGUAUCCUAGGGUGAAUUGGAUUAAAGUUUGUUCAAGUGUAGGGCCACGACUUCUUCCAAAGUGAGAUAAUUAUGAUGAUGUAAAAAAUUAAUGGCUUCAUCAAAAAUCUUCUCAAAAACUACAAAUGUUAUAUUUGAAAGUAUGAAUUUAACUUAUGUUGAAUCAUUGUGAGGUAGUAUAGAUUCAAGUUUGCUCAAAUCAUGACCUCGGGUUUUCAAUAUGAAUACAUGGAGGAAACCUUUAAAAAUUUCCUCAAGAACAAUAAAACCAUGAUCAGUAAUUAAUAUUUAUAUGGAAGCAUCCUCAGAUCAUGCAGAUAGUGUAGAUACAUGUAAUUACUCUGAAAUGCAAUAUUCUUCUCAAGAACUGCUAAGUCAUGAUUGGUCAUAUUUAUAUGGAAGUAUUCUCAGGUUGUGUAAAUUUAAGUUUGUUACAAUUAUUGCCACUGGGGUUAGGGUGGGGCCACAAUAGAAGAUAAACUUUCAAGAAAAAAAAUUCUUUUAAAAAACUCUAAAGUCAUGAUUUGUCAAAGAAAUAUAUGGUAGCGUCCUCAGUGUAGGUUAAUUUUUUUUUUCAAUUCAUGCAUCCCUGAACUCCUAGCCGAAGAGAUCAGGUGAGCAAUGUGGCAUAAGGGCUUCUUUUUUAAUUUGAUUUGUUACUUAUUUUUGAAAGCUUCCACAGAAUGUGAUUUCAACGUGUGAAAGGAUUUUGAAGAUACCAUCAUGGACAGGUUUAUAUUUUCCUUUAUAUUUGGAGAAGAUAAUAGACUGAUAUGAAUUGCAGUCUUAGAUGAUUAAUUUAAAACAAUUAUAAAGGCUAACACGGAUAAAAAUUUGUUCUGCAGACAUAGUCACAAAGUGUACUGAGUUUAUUUUGACAGAUUUCCAAGGAUGUGCAGUAUAAAUGUGUAAAUGAUGAAGAAGUUGCUUAUGUUCAUGCAGGUCUCUGAAUACAAUCUAAGUAUACAGGGAUGAUAUACAGCUGAUAUACAUGUAAUAUAUAAUUUUCAAAAUUAAGUCUAGAUGUGCCUGUAUUUAAGAAAGAGUGAAAAAAAUGCGUUGUUUUAAUUUGAAAAUUAUCGAUUAUUAUUGUUUAAACCAUAGCCUCUGAGGCUAGAAAAAAAUCACAAAAUGGCUCAAACGUUAAACACUCAUCUGGCAGAUCUAGACCUAAGUAUGCAUAUGCCUGAAUCCACAUAACAUUGCUUUGAGUAGAUAAGUAUAAGGAGAACACAGCAUUAAACGUUCUUUGGAAAAAAAAACUUUAAAUCAUAUUCUAUAUACAUGUACCAAGUUGAAAAAACAAGUAAAAAUAGAUAAUUUAUGCAUUUACUCUUAUUUUGACAGGUUCCAGAUGAUGUAUUUUAAAGUGUAGCUUUGGAAAAGAAGAGGACAUAUUCAUUUACAGAGCAAAAUGCCUAAAGCAAAAUUCAAGUCAACCAUAUCUACACGGAGGGGUGCGAAAAAGGCACGGAUGGAAGCGCCGCAAUCCACAUUUCUACCCGAGCAAGUUCCAACCUCGGCUUCAGCCUCGGUGGCACAAACAACCCCAGCGGCCAAUGUGCCUGUGACAGCACAGGUGGUAGAGCCUCCCUCGCUUGGUCUGUCCUCAACAUCCCAAACAGCCAUACCCAUCAACACAGUAACACAAUCACAGGCAACCAUGGUACCGGAAAUGAAUUAUACUAUUUCACGAGCGGAAACUAGCGGCUCUAAAGAUACAGUUGAUAGUGGCACUGCCUCUGGACUGAAUGCUAAUAGAAUUGGUAAUCCCCAGAAUAACUUGUUAUCUUGGUUUACAAAUCGCAAGAUUGCAGCUAAAAAAUCAAGUGAUUCCAAGGAAUGGCAUCAGAGUUUGACUCAAGACCUUAGAAAACAUCAUGUGUACUUGAUUUCUAAGGCAAUAUUCCCUAGUCAUAUAAACCCAGCAUUCCUUGAAGAUGAGAGAAUGAAUAAUUUGGUGGCUUAUGCUAGAAAGGUGGAGGGAGAUAUGCAUGAUACAGCAAAUAGUCGGGAGGAAUACUAUGAUUUGUUGGCUGAGAGGAUCCAUAAAAUCCAGAAAUAUCUAGAGGAAAGACGAUUGAACAGAAUUCAGCAGAGCACAGGAGGAGCAGUCAACAUGCCUGGAGCGCGACAGAGGCUAAUCGGGAUACCAAUUCAUGUCAUAGUAAGGGGAGACAACUCAGUGAAAAAUUUCAUUGAGAAACUUAAGAGAGGAAAGACAACCAUGUACCAUGCCUCUGGGAUGAUAAUAGGGUGUGCCGGUAGUGGUAAAACCACAUUGUUAGAGAGACUGAAGGGUAUUGACGUAAACGAAAUAAAGAAAAAUAUCAGUUCAACCAGAGGCGUCGAUAUCCACACGGAUGUCUUUGAUGUGACAGAAAGCAUCCUAGUUAAUUUUUCAAGCCAAGAACAGCGCUUUAAACUUAGACUUGAGGCUGAAGAUAUGAAACAUUUAGAGAGUGUAGCUGAUGAUCUUGAAAAGAUGGUACCAGUAGAUGAUAAGGGCAAUAAGGUUGAAGCAUCAAACAGUGGACACUUAUCACAUGGUUAUACCGACGUUAAAACGACCUUAUCCUAUAAACCAGGAGGGGCAAAUGCAGUGAAAAAAAAUAUUAAUGAAAGCAAAGAUUUUCCCUAUAGUUCAGAAUUCUCUGGAAAAUUGAAAAUUGAGGAAAAAGGUAAUUCAGAUCCAGACAAAAAAAUAACUAUGGUAGACUUUGCAGGACAGUGUGCUUAUUAUGCCUCACACCAGAUUUUUCUGAGUCCUCGGGCGUUCUUCAUUCUGGUGCUAAAUAUGGAGAAGAAGUUUGAUGAUCAAGUCGGGGAAGAGGUGUGUUGUCAGGAAGACUCCAUUUACGGGGGAUGGACACACAGAGAUUAUCUUGAGUUCUGGAUGAAGUCCAUUCAUCAAUAUGGCAGUGAUAAGGCUCCCGUCAUCCUGGUUGGUACACAUUGUGAGAACAAAACAGAAAAGGAAAAGGCAUUGUUUUUCCGUGAAGUAUGGAAGACUCUGAAGAAGACGUCGUUGCAAAAACAUAUUGAUGUGAAGCGGCGAUUUGCAGUUGGUUUCCUUGACAAUGAAAGCGUUGAAAAACUCAAGCUGUCCAUUGCUGAUGUCGUGUGCAGGCUUGAUCACUGGGGUGAAGAGCUACCACAGUCAUGGGCUAUGUUUGAAACAUUCUUUCGGGAAAAGAAAAUUCACAAGAUUUUGAGUAGGGGUGAACUUGAGUCGUUCAAUGAAACGUUGCCGGAGGGAAUAAAGCUCCAAACUACUGAAGAUAUUGAUUCCAUGCUUCAGUUUUUCAAUGACAUCAGGGAUAUUAUACACUUCAACCAACAAUUUCUCAAUGAAAGUAUUAUUCUCGACGUUCAGUGGUUUGCAGAUGCAUUUAAAAAUGUCAUAACAGACAAAAACCAUGCAAAAGAGGAUUUAUUCGAAUUUGCCUCAGAAUGGGACAAAUUCAAUGAAACUGGAGAGUUGGAUGAAACUCUCCUAUCUGCUAUAUGGAGAAUGAACAACAAUGGUUACAUCGAACAUAAAGAAGACAUCUUGCUGUAUAUGGAGAAGUUAGGACUCUUAGCUAAAAUGAAUGACAAAAAGUGGUAUGUCCCCUGCAUGAACAAGCUGCAAUUUCCAGUAGACUGUUUCUCAUCAUACCCUGCAUCCUCCAUCCUCUGCUACGCGUUUGGUCUUCUUCCUGCUGGAAUUUUCCAUCGUCUUGUAGCAACGUGCAUGCAGAUUCCUUGGGAGAUUUUUUCAGAUGGAGACCGAGGAUGCAUUUACCAGACGGCGGCGAUUUUCGAGUUUGAUGACCAGCAUCAUAUUAUUAUGCUUGGAAUGACCCAAACAGAUAUUCAGUUGCAAGUGUUUGUUUUGGAAGGAAAAGUUGAUGUUACAGUGUGUCACCAGAUUAGAGAAAAAAUUGAGAGUAUUUUGCAAGAUCUUUCCAACACAUUAGAGAAUAACAUCAAAUUUCAUGUUGCUUUCAAAUGCAAACCUGUAGGAUUUUGUGACAGCAAAGACAGUGCUGUCGUAGAUGAAUCAAAAUUUACAAGGUCGACUUUUAAUUGUCCGUCCUGUCCAGCAGUGGAGAAGCAUGUAAUAAACUCCAAAGCUAUAACAAAGUAUUGGAAACAGGUACUCAAUGGUCAAUAA